GACGCUUGUUCCGAAGUAGAAGAUCAUAUCGACGUGGAGUCUGACAAUACCUUCUCGGCCCUCUCGCCACCGGAACCGACAGACCUCCGACUGCACGAGCGCCUACACGGAGAGACAGCUACCAACUCCAACAAACGAUUCCAUGAUGUUGCACGCCCAUCUACGCGCGACUACCAUGGCAAGGACGUUGCAAAAGACAAUUGUGACAUGUGUGUAAAUAAUAACAAUAACAACAACAACAUUUUUACAAAUACUACCAAUGACACUAAAACAAGUGUAAUUCAUAGUGUACAACAUGGUGUACCGAAUCUUUUAAACAAGGACAGUGCUCACACGAAGACCAGCGGCAAUCACAAAACAGAGUCGCGGGCAGCCACAAGACCGUCGUUUCUCAUCACUGACAUCCUCUCAAGUGGGUCACGGUCAAUAGACUCUGACAUCUCUGUGGCCUCGACCCCCUGUACCCCGUGUACACCAACAUCACUCGCCAUUGACAUCCACAAGACGGCUGCUCUUUUGGCGCAGCGACAGGCGGCGUCGACGUCGGCGCAUUUGUCUCCCCCUGUGUUCUCACCUGGAGCUAGAAGCGAGUCACCCGUGUCCGACAACGACGAAGACGAAGAAUCUAGAGACGGAAGUCCGUUCUCCACGUCUGACGGUUCACCCGACGACAAGUACUGCAAGAAGCCCCGGAAGGCGCGAACCGCCUUCACCGACCACCAGCUGAAUUCCCUCGAGAAAAGCUUCGAGCGCCAGAAAUACCUGAGCGUACAAGACCGAAUGGAGCUGGCGGCGAAACUGAACCUGUCCGACACCCAAGUGAAAACCUGGUACCAGAACAGACGAACAAAGUGGAAGCGACAGACAGCGGUGGGUCUGGAACUCUUAGCGGAGGCCGGAAGUUACGCGAACAUCCAUCGAGUGAUGCAAGCCAGCCCCUACUGGAGCUCCUACCCAGGCACUCACGGGCCCGGCCACGCCCUACUCUCGGGAAUAGACUCCCUGUACUACAGGCAGGGGGUGACGCCUCUCUCAUCGCACCGGCAGCUCGUGUCCCGGAUGUACCUUCAAAGCAUGGGCCACAUAGCGUAAAGAUAUUGACAUGAUCUUAUACAACGUGAUUGUGAUUGCAAUUUUAAUUUGAAGUCAAAUGAGGGGGUUAUGGCAUUUUUGUUUCUUCUAAACUAUCAUAACUUUUCCGAAAGUGAUGGCGUCUCAAGAUUGACAGACAAAUUGGCAGUGCAGUAUAGGAACACUUGCGUAGGGAAUAUACUAUGUAUUAUCAUAUAAAAUCAUAGUGACAGCGUUUUGUUCUACAUAUAAUUAACAGGUUAUAGUUUUUAAUAGGCCGCGCAUAUUUUGAAAUGAUGGUGUUUAACGAUUGACAAAUGGUAAAGAGCUAAACGUCUGUGUAUACCUACCAUGCAUAAUACGAAAAAUAAAAAAUAUUAUUUGUUUUAGUAUCAUGUACUUUAAGCCAUUUGCCUUGUACUUUUGUGCAAUUACAGUUUGUAAUACGUCUAUAAAGAUAUGACCGAAUAUUAACAAUGUUUUCAUUGCUUUAGAGCCAAAACUGUUUAAACAUAAAAGUGUUCGAUUCUACUAUAAAUGUUUCAUCAUCAAAUCGAUUGGUCGUUUGUUCAAUUUCAUUGUUUCAAUAAUUGAAAAAAAAUCAUUGGAGGAGAGGUGUAAUAGUUAUUUUUAUGUUUUAUGUAGUUUUAAAUAAUGACGAAAGAAUACAUCUGGAAUUUAGAUUUUUUAAUCAUUUAAGUAGAAAAUAAAUAAUUAAGAUAAUUUGUAAAUGCUGCUUAUGCAUUGAAUGUGUUCUUAUAUUGUUUACUUAUUAAAAAAGUAAAUGACAUUAACACUUCUGCAUGUGUUAAUAUUUCUGAAACUAUCGGAGCUAUGGUCCAUUUAUAAGGCCAUAAUUUUCUUUUAAUAUGGUACAAAGAUACAUUGUCUUCAUGGUGUUUACUGAAUUAAAACUACAUUUUUUACACGAAUUGGUGUUAAAAAUUAUCAUCUUGAUACAUAUUCAAAAUUCCGUCCGUUUUAUUUUUUGAAACAUUUUUUCCUAUUGAACCAGUUGUGUUUUUUAAAGUUGAUUUAAACGCUUCACUUGUUCAGUUAAAAGCUAUUAAAACGAUCGAAUGGAUGUUACCAUGUAAUGUUUAUCGUCUAUUUUGUGUCACGUGUUUGUUGACGUCAUUGUCUGACGUCAUUAUUCUGUUGUUUUUGUCUGUUUCAUAGUAUUAAUAUGAUUUCAAUGUUUCUCUCAUACCUUUCACUCUGUACUGUUGAUGCAAUGUUUGUUAAUGUCCUAACAUUGGGAUAAGGAAUAAAGUAUUUAUUAACGA